AUGAUAAUUUCAGAACUUAUUGAUAUUUCGGGAGAAAGCUACCCAAUAAUCUCUUAUUUCUCAAGUGUGCCUUACCAAGAUUGGAGUGUUUUCUUGGAUUCCUUAAUAUAUGAUAUAGUUUAAUCGAUAAAUUUUCAGCAAGGCCUUGCAAGUGCUGAAAAGUUUGUAGUUUUACUUGAAAACUAUGCAACUUUAUAAGCAAGUAUUGUUAUGAUAACUGUGGGAAAUCAAUAGAUUACUUCUUACUUUUAAGACAUUACUAAUACUGAUGGAGAAAUGUCUAUUCAUUACACCAAAAAUUUGAUUAUUGAUUUGGAUGCCAAUAUUUUUAUGAUAUUUACCAGAAAAAGUCAAGUGAAAACAACUAUCCUCAAAAUAAAUCCAUAAAAUGCUCCAAAUUUUUAUUCUGUGUGGGGCCUUCAAGAGAAUCAAAAUGUAAGAUCUGCUUAUUCGAAAGGAAAUGCUAUACUAUUUAACUCUGAUUACAGUGCUCUAUAUUGUGUUACUAAAUAUGCUUUUGAUUCCACUGCUAAUGCUCCCUAUAAACAGGAUCUAGUCAUUUAAAAGAUAAAAAAAGAAACAGGAUCAGUAUUAUGGACUUGA